CUGACCAGGUCACUACAUCCUCUGGGUUGAUCUCAAUAUUACGAAACCCCAUCUCUCUAUAAUGGGUCUCUCAAGCCUCCCUGCUCCAUCAGAAGGAGUUCUCUGUAUUCUCCUGGUAAACACUGCUCUCUCCAUCUCAAUCGUCAAAGGCAUAGUCCGUUCCAUCCUUCACAUAGUUGGUAUUCGAUUAUCAGCAUCGACAUUAAAUGAUUCCGUCGAAACCGCAUCAGAGCCAUUUGAAUUUCAUCUAACCCCAUCAAAUACCUUAAUAGAGGAAUUCCAAUACCGGACUCCGGCAACCCGGUUUGGCUCUGCCUGCAGUUGCAAUCAGACUGAACAAGAGUGUCCGGUCUGUCUGAAUCGGUUUGAAACGGAAUCGGAGGUAAACCAGUUGUCUUGUGGCCACUUGUUCCAUAAGAGUUGUUUGGAGAGGUGGCUUGAUUACUUGAACAUCACCUGUCCGCUCUGUAGAACACCAUUGCUACCCGAAGAACAAGCUUCCUGCACAUGGUGAAUGUGCCAUGAGAAUUGAGAAGCUACCCGAGUUCAUCUUGGGUCUGUGUUACAUAGCAGUGUUGUACAGUCCCAGUGGCAGCUGUUUCUGUUCGUCUGUGUGGUCGCCGCCGCGUAUUUUUACGCCUUUCUUGUACGUGUGUUUUGCCCUAUGAUGAUGAUGAUGAUGAUCGAGCCUUUUUGCCACAGAUGUUAUAAUGUACAGAGGCAGUUUCUCUUUUUGAGCUAGGUCUGAGCUUGUUUCUGUAUUUGAUCUUCAGUCACUCUUUGUCUUGGCUAAGAACAGUUUAUAUAUAAAGCAGACAUUGAACCA